ACGGAGCAGGCCCUGCUGAACCCUGAGGUCGAGAGCCCGGCAGGCUCGGCCACGUACCGGGAGUUCGUGCAUCGCGGCUACCUGAACCUCAUGGGGGCCAGUCAGCACUCGCUGCGGGCGCUCAGCUGGCGCCGCCUCUACCUCAGCCGGGCCAAGCUCAAGGCCUCCAGCCGCACGUCCGCCUUGCUGUCGGGCUUCGCCAUGGUGGCCAUGGUGGAGGUACAGCUGGAGAACAACCAUGAGUACCCACCAGGCCUGCUGGUAGCCUUUAGUGCCUGCACCACUGUGCUAGUGGCUGUACACCUGUUUGCACUCAUGGUCUCCACAUGUCUACUGCCCCACAUUGAAGCUGUGAGCAACAUCCACAACCUCAACUCUGUCCACCAGUCACCACACCAACGACUCCACCGCUAUGUGGAACUGGCCUGGGGCUUCUCCACUGCCUUGGGCACAUUUCUCUUCUUGGCUGAAGUUGUCCUGGUGGGCUGGGUCAAAUUUGUGCCCAUUGGGGCCCAGGUGCCUGGGACUCUGUCCCCAGUGGCUGUCUCCCUUGGUCCAGCUUCCAGCCUCCCACCAUCCUCUGCUUCUGUAGCCCUAUCACAGGCUGAGCUUUCUGAGGCUUGCCCACCCCGUCAAGAGUGUGGUAGUGAGGAGACCCAUGGGCCAGGCUGGCAAGCAGCAAUGGCCUCCACAGCAAUCAUGGUACCUGUAGGACUGGUGUUUGUGGCCUUCGCCCUGCAUUUCUACCGCUCCUUGGUCACCCACAAGACAGACCGCCACAAGCAGGAGCUAGAAGAGCUGAGUCGCCUGCAGGGGGAGCUGCAGGCUGUGUGAGACGGCUGUUAAUUUCUACAGCCAGCACUGCCUCCCUCGGGUCUGCAAGAGGCCCUAGGGACCUGCAGACCUCAUUUACUAUCCCUGGCUGGAGCCACUUCCUGUACCCACUCUCAGGUAGAGACCAGAUUCCUGCCCACAGGGUCCCACAUUUCCUGUCUGUUCCAAGGGUUUUGCAAGCUCUACACUGCACUUGGGCUGGGAGACGAUGGAACUUCCUCAGUCCAAGGAUGCCUGGGUACAUGGAAGGAAGGCAGAGGAGCCUCUGUGGGAUCUCUGGUGCUGACCCUCAGCUGCUUGUCCCUUCAUGGGAUGUGAAGGUUAGAAAGUUACAUGCCCACACAGCCCCUGAAUGCUGUCAAUCCUUGUCAUAUUUGAGUAAAAUCUAUUUCAUGGUUCGCAUUUUGGGGCAAGUUUUUCCCCAUUCCCAAAUUUUGACGGGUUCCAUAUUCUUGCUUUGGUUGCUGUGGGCAUUUGAGUGUUUCCACACUAGGCACAGACCCAGCCUUUUCCAGAAGAAGCCUUACUGUUUUGAGAGAUUCAAGCCAACUCCUCACUGUGGCCAUAUGUAGAAAGGGCAGUGCCUGUACCACUUUCCUAGGCUGACACACAUUUAUAUCAUAGUGGGCCCAGGCUGGGGGUGUGGGGUAGUCUUUGAAGACUGAGGAUCUGUGUGCAUGGCCUGACUCCUUAGGGCUUGGGGAGGAUGUUUAAAGGAGAAGAUCCAGUUCCUAGCCCUUAGAAUGCAGAACUCUUCUGACACUGAAUUUUUGAUGCACCUUGUUUUGUAUAAUAAAUUGUAUUUCACAGAUGUUCCUGUGGUUGUG